AGGCUCCCUCCUUCUUGCUGUCGCUGCCGAGAUCGACGGUCGGGUCGAAGCUCCGUGAGCCCCUGCUGCAGGGAGCAAGCAAGGGGACCUCCAAGGAGCUCAGGGCUGCCAAGACACGGUAGCUCUGCCCUGUCUUGAGAACUCCCCUCCCAAGGUCAGGGACAGAGCAGGUGCAGAGGCACUGCAGCCGCUUGUUGCCCAGCCUCCUGAGUGAUGCCAGCCCAAUGGUUCCUAAUCUCCGGACUGGCCUUCCUGGUACUGCUGGGCACAGUCAGAACAGGCCCUUUCUCUCCACGGUCCAAUGUGACACUCCCAGCCCCACGCCCCCCUCCCCAGCCAGGAGGCCGCACAGUGGAGCCAAUAGGGGGAAGCCCCUCUUCUCGGCUUUAUGAGCACAAUGUGGAAGGAGGGGAGAAGCAGGUGGUGUUUACCCACCGCAUCAACCUGCCCCCUUCAUCUGGCUGUGGUUGUCCCCCCGGCACGGAGCCCCCAGUCCCUGCUUCAGAGGUGCAGGCCCUGAAGGUCCGGUUAGAGAUCCUGGAGGAGCUGGUGAAAGGCCUCAAGGAACAGUGCACUGGGACAUGUUGUCCUGCCGCUGCUCAGGCUGGCACAGGCCAGACAGACGUUCGUAGCCUCUGUAGUCUCCAUGGCGUGUUUGACCUGAGCCGCUGUGCCUGCUCCUGUGAACCAGGCUGGGGUGGGCCCACCUGCUCAGACCCUACAGGCGCUGGGGUGUCCCCAUCCUCCCCACCCUCAGGCUCCGGAUCCUGCCCAGAUGACUGCAACGAUCAGGGUCGCUGUGUCCGCGGGCGCUGCGUGUGCUUCCCUGGCUACAGCGGCCCCAGCUGCGGCUGGCCCUCCUGUCCCGGGGACUGCAACGGCCGCGGGCGCUGUGUGCAGGGCGUGUGCGUGUGCCGGGCUGGCUUCUCUGGCAACGAUUGCAGCCUGCGCUCGUGUCCCCGGGGCUGCAGCCAGAGGGGGCGCUGCGAGGACGGGCGCUGCGUGUGCGACCCCGGCUACACUGGCGACGACUGUGGGAAGAGGAGCUGCCCUAGAGGUUGCAGCCAGAGGGGGCGCUGCGAGAACGGACGCUGCGUGUGCGACCACGGCUACACCGGCGAGGACUGUGCGGUGAGGAGCUGCCCCCGGGGCUGCAGCCAGAGAGGUCGCUGCGAGGACGGGCGCUGCGUGUGCGACCCCGGCUACACCGGCGACGACUGCGGCUCGCGGAGCUGCCCGUGGGACUGUGGCGAGGGCGGGCGCUGCGUGGACGGCCGCUGUGUGUGCUGGCCUGGGUACGCGGGCGAGGACUGCGGCACCCGGACGUGCCCGCGAGACUGCCGGGGCCGCGGGCGCUGCGAGGACGGCGAAUGCAUCUGCGACGUAGGCUACAGCGGGGACGACUGCGGAGUGCGCAGCUGCCCGGGCGACUGCAACCAAAGGGGCCGCUGCGAGGACGGCCGCUGCGUGUGCUGGCCGGGGUACACGGGGCCUGACUGUGGCUCACGCGCCUGCCCCCGCGACUGUCGGGGCCGCGGGCGCUGCGAGAACGGCGUGUGCGUGUGCAACGCGGGCUACAGCGGCGAGGACUGCGGGGUGCGCAGCUGUCCCGGGGACUGUCGCGGCCGGGGCCGUUGCGAGAGUGGCCGCUGCGUGUGUUGGCCCGGGUAUACAGGCCGAGACUGCGGCACGCGCGCCUGCCCCGGCGACUGUCGUGGGCGCGGCCGCUGCGUGGACGGCCGCUGCGUGUGCAACCCGGGCUUCGCGGGCGAGGACUGCGGGAGCCGUCGGUGCCCUGGGGACUGCCGCGGUCGCGGCCGCUGUGAGGACGGCGUGUGUGUGUGCAACGCGGGCUACGAGGGAGAGGACUGUGGCGUGCGCAGCUGCCCAGGAGGUUGCCACGGUCGCGGCCAGUGCCUGGACGGGCGCUGCGUGUGCGACGAUGGCUACUCAGGCGAGGACUGCAGCGUAAGGCGGUGCCCGCGCGACUGCAGCCAGCACGGCCUGUGCCAGGACGGUGUGUGCACCUGUUGGGAGGGCUACGCAGGCGAGGACUGUGGCCUUCGUACCUGCCCUUCCAACUGCCACCAGCGCGGCCGCUGUGAGGACGGGCGCUGCGUGUGCGACUCGGGCUACACUGGGCCCUCCUGUGCCACCCGCACCUGCCCGGCAGACUGCCGGGGCCGUGGGCGCUGUGUGCAGGGAGCGUGCGUGUGCCACGUGGGCUAUAGCGGGGAGGACUGUGGGCAGGAGGAGCCUCCCGCCAGCGCCUGCCCUGGGGGCUGUGGGCCCCGGGAACUGUGCCGUGCGGGCCAGUGUGUAUGCGUCGAGGGCUUCCGAGGACCGGACUGUGCCAUUCAGACGUGCCCCGGGGACUGCCGCGGCAGGGGAGAGUGUCAUGAGGGCAGCUGCGUCUGUCAAGAUGGCUAUGCAGGGGAGGACUGCGGGGAAGAGGUGCCAGCCAUCGAGGGCAUGAGGAUGCACCUCUUGGAGGAGACGACGGUUCGGACAGAGUGGACCCGGGCUCCUGGCACUGUGGAUGCCUAUGAAAUUCAGUUCAUUCCCACGACAGAGGGGGUGAGCCCCCCAUUCACAGCACGAGUACCCAGCUCUGCCUCAGCCUAUGACCAGAGAGGACUGGCUCCUGGCCAGGAGUACCAGGUCACUGUCCGUGCCCUUCGAGGGACUAACUGGGGCCCUCCUGCUUCCAAGACCAUCACCACCAUGAUCGACGGCCCCCAGGACCUCCGAGUGGUGGCUGUGACACCAACCACACUGGAGCUCAGCUGGCUGCGACCCCAGGCUGAGGUGGACCGAUUCGUGGUGUCCUAUGUCAGUGCCGGCAACCAGAGGGUGCGGCUGGAGGUACCCCCUGAGGCAGAUGGAACACUGCUGACCGACCUGAUGCCAGGCGUGGAAUAUGUAGUGACUGUCACUGCAGAGCGGGGCCGGGCAGUAAGCUACCCGGCUUCUGUCAGGGCCAACACAGCACCCGGCCACUACAGUUACCCGGAGGUUCGCCCCCCAGCCCCGCCCCCCAAGCCCCGCCCCCGGCCUGCUCCGGCCCCGCGGCCCCCUCGGCCCUCACGUCCCGCUAGGCCCUCGCGGCCCGCGGAGGAUGGGGAGGAGGAGCCUCGGCCUGGGCCUAGCCUGCCGCAGCCCCCCCGGCGGGCGUGGGGCAACCUGACCGCCGAGCUGGGCCGCUUCCGCGGCACCGUGCAAGACCUGGAGCGCCACCUGCGGGCUCAUGGCUACCCAGUGCGGGCCAACCAGACCUACGCGUCGGUGGCGCGCCACAUCCACGAAUACUUGCAGCGGCGUCGGGCGGCCGCCGCCCCCGUCGGCUCCCCGGCCCCCCAGCCCCGUCGCCCCCGCCCCACCGCCAGCCCCGACCCCGGCACCUGGAAGCGGGACUCCAACCAGGGCAUCUACGGCCUCUCGCCCGAAGGCGUCGAUCGGGUGGCUGCGCCCCGCCACCCCAAGCCCGAGGUCCUGGGCAGUUCCGCGGACGGCGCACUACUCGUAUCCCUUGACGGGCUUCGCGGCCACUUCGAGCGCGUGGUGCUGCGCUGGCGGCCCCAGCCGCCGGCAGAGGGCCCCGGCGGGGAGCUGACCGUGCCGGGCACCACGCGCACCGUCAGCCUACCCGACCUCAGGCCCGGCACCACCUACCACGUGGAGGUCCACGGGGUGCGGGCAGGGCAGACCUCCAAGUCCUACGCCUUCAUCACCACCACAGGGUCCUCUCCCUCAGGCCUCUUGGCGGCCACGGAUGAGCCUCCUCCCUCAGGCCCUUCAACCACUCAAGGGGCCCGGGCCCCUGAACUACAGCAGCGCCCCCAGGAACUAGGAGAGUUGAGGGUGCUGGGCAAAGACAAGACGGGGCACCUCCGCGUCGCUUGGACUGCUCAGCCUGACACGUUUGCCCACUUCCAGCUGCGCCUCCGGGUACCCGAGGGGCCAGGGGCACAUGAGGAACUACUGCCAGGGGACGUCCGCCAGGCUCUGGUGCCCUCACCACCUCCCGGCGUCCCCUAUGAGCUGUCGCUUCGUGGGGUCCCCCCGGAGGGCGAGUCCUCUGCCCCUCUUAUCUACCAAGGCAUUAUGGACAGGGAUGGGCCAAAGCCUGGGAAGCCCUUGGCCCCGCCACAUCUGGGUGAGCUGACAGUGACUGGCAUGGCCUCCAACUCCCUGCUCCUGCAAUGGACGGUCCCUGAGGGCGAGUUCGACUCCUUCGUGAUCCAGUACAAGGACAGGGACGGGCCCCAGGUUGUCCCUGUGGAGGGGUCCCAGCGCUCGGCCCUCAUCACCAACCUGGACCUUGGCCGCAAGUACAAAUUUGUGCUAUAUGGGCUCCUGGGCAAGAAGAGGCAUGGCCCCCUGGUGGCUGAAGCCAAGAUCUUGCCUCAGAGUGAUCCCAGCUCAGUGACUCCACCCCGCCUGGGAAAGCUGUGGGUGACAGAUCCCACCCCAGAUUCACUGCACCUCUCUUGGACUGUCCCUGAGGGCCAGUUUGACUCCUUCGUAGUCCAAUACAGGGACAGGAACGGACAGCCCCAGCUGGUGCCCGUGGAAGGGCCUGAGCGCUCGGUCAUUGUCUCCUCCCUGGACCCUGACCACAAGUACAGAUUCACUCUGUUUGGGAUUGCCAACAAGAAGCGGCACGGCCCCCUCACAGCUGAUGGCACCACAGCCUCAGAGAAGAGAGAGGAGCUCCUCCACCCAGAGUCCCCAGAGCGGCCCCUGCUGGGGGAACUGAUGGUGACUCGUGUGACCCCAGACUCCCUGCACCUGUCCUGGACAGUGACCCAGGGUUCCUUCGACUCCUUCAUGGUCCAGUACAAGGACGCGCAGGGGCAGUCCCAGGCAGUGCCCGUCAGGGGUGAUGAGAACGAGGUCACCAUUCCUGGCCUGGAGUCGCACCGGAAGUAUAAGAUGAACCUCUAUGGGCUUCAUGGCAGGCAGCGUGUGGGGCCUGUGUCUGUGGUGGCUGUCACAGCCCCCCAGGAGGUUGUGGAGGAGACCCCCAGCCCCACAGAGCCCAGCACGGAGGCCCCAGAGUCCCCCGAGGAGCCCCUGCUGGGGGAGCUGACAGUGACAGGAUCGUCCCCAGACUCGCUGAGCCUCUCGUGGACCGUCCCCCAGGGCCACUUCGACUCCUUCACUGUCCAGUACAAGGACAGGGACGGGCGGCCCCAGGUGGUGCGUGUCGGGGGUGAGGAGAGUGAGGUCACCGUCGGGGGCCUGGAGCCGGGGCGCAAGUACAAGAUGCACCUGUAUGGCCUGCACAGGGGGCAGCGCUGGGGCCCCGUGUCCACCGUGGGCGUGACUGCUCCACAACCGGAAGAGACUCCAGCCACGGAGCCCCCCCUGGAGCCACACCUGGGAGAGCUGACAGUGACAGAUGUGACCCCCAACUCCGUGGGCCUCGCAUGGACAGUCCCAGAGGGCCAGUUUGACUCCUUCAUGGUCCAGUACAAGGACAGGGACGGGCAGCCCCAGGUGGUGCCUGUGGCCUCAGACCAGCGUGAGGUCACCAUCCCCGGCCUGGAGCCUGCACGCAAAUACAAGAUGAACUUCUAUGGGCUACAUGGUGGCCAGCGUGUGGGCCCCCUCUCUGUGGUAGCUGUGACCGCUCCCCUCCCUCCAGCCCCAACCACAGAGUCCCCCCAGGAGCCACGCCUCGGGGAGCUGACAGUGACAGACCUGACCCAGGACUCUGUGAGCCUCUCGUGGACGGUCCCUGAGGGUGAAUUCGACUCCUUUGUGGUCCAGUACAAAGACAGGGAUGGGCAGCCCCAGGUGGUGCCUGUGGCCGCAGACCAGCGGGAGGUCACCAUCCCUGGCCUGGAGCCCAGUAGGAAAUAUAAGUUCCUGCUCUUUGGGAUUCAGGAUGGGAAAAGACGCAGCCCAGUCUCUGUGGAGGCAAAGACAGCUGCCCAAGGUGACGCCAGCCUUGGGGCCCCGCCCCGCCUUGGGGAGCUGUGGGUGACAGAUCCCACCCUAGACUCACUGCGCCUCUCCUGGACAGUCCCCGAGGGCCACUUUGACUCCUUUGUUGUCCAGUUCAAGGACAGGGACGGCCCCCAAGUGGUGCCUGUGGAGGGCUAUGAGCGCUCAGUCACCAUCACCCCUCUGGACACUGGCCGCAAGUACAGAUUCCUCCUUUAUGGGCUCCUGGGCAAGAGGCGCCAUGGCCCCCUCACUGCCGAAGGCACCACAGAGAUCCGGAGUGCUGUGGAUGAUGCUAAAGCAAAGCAUCCCCUAAAGCCCCAUCUUGGGGAGGAGCUACAGGUGACCAGCGUGACCCCAGACUCUGUGAGCCUCUCGUGGACAGUCCCUGAGGGCCAGUUUGACUCCUUUGUGGUCCAGUACAAGGACAGAGAUGGGCAGCCGCAGGUGGUGCCUGUGGAGGGCAGCCUCAGGGAGGUUCGCAUCCCGGGCCUGGACCCAAACCGCAGGUAUAAGCUCCUGCUGUACGGACUGCACCAGGGCAAACGUGUGGGUCCCAUCUCUGCCAUCGCCAUGACUGCCUCCAGAGAAGAUAUCGAAACCGAGGCCCUAGGUCCUCCAGGGCCUGAGCCCCGCCUAGGGGAGGUGACUGUGGAGGAAGCCACGCCAGACACCUUGCAUCUCUCCUGGACAGUGAUGGAGGGAGAUUUUGACUCCUUUGAGGUCCAGUACACAGACAAAGAUGGGCAACUCCAAGUAGUCAAAGUAGAUGGUGACCGGAAUGACAUCAUCCUUACUGGCCUGGAAUCUGACCACAGAUACCUGGUGACCCUGUAUGGUUUCCAUGGCCAGCAGCAUGUGGGUCCUGCCCACAUUGAGGCCCUCACAGUCCCAAGGGAAGAGGAGGAUGAACCUUCAGAACCUCCCAUCAAGCCACAGCUGGGGCAGCUGGCAGUGACAGAUGCCACCCCCGACUCCCUGCACCUCUCCUGGACUGUCCCCGAGGGCCAGUUUGACCACUUCCUGGUCCAGUACAAGAACGGGGAUGGGCAGCCCAAGGCGGUGAGGGUGCCAGGGAAUGAGGACCAGGUCACCAUCUCAGGCCUGGAGCCAGACCACAAGUACAAGAUGAACCUGUAUGGCUUCCAUGGUGGCCAGCGCAUGGGCCCCGUCUCUGCCUUUGGGGUGACGGCUGCAGAGGAAGAGACCCCAACCUCUACUGAGGUGGAGGAGACCCCCAGCCCCACAGAGCCUAGCACGGAGGCCUCAGAGUCCCCCGAGGAGCCCCUGCUGGGGGAGCUGACAGUGACAGGAUCGUCCCCAGACUCGCUGAGCCUCUCAUGGACCGUCCCCCAGGGCCACUUUGACUCCUUCACUGUCCAGUACAAGGACAGGGACGGGCGGCCCCAGGUGGUGCGUGUCGGGGGUGAGGAGAGUGAGGUCACCGUCGGGGGCCUGGAGCCGGGGCGCAAGUACAAGAUGCACCUGUAUGGCCUGCACAGGGGGCAGCGCUGGGGCCCCGUGUCCACUGUGGGCGUGACUGCUCCAGAAUAUGAAGCCAUGACCACCCAAGCCCCGUCCACCAUGGCCCUUGAGCCUCCCACGAAGCCACGGCUGGGGCAGCUGGCAGUGACAGACGCCACCCCCGACUCCCUGCACCUCUCCUGGACUGUCCCCGAGGGCCAGUUUGACCACUUCCUGGUCCAGUACAAGAACGGGGAUGGGCAGCCCAAGGCGGUGAGGGUGCCAGGGAAUGAGGACCAGGUCACCAUCUCAGGCCUGGAGCCAGACCACAAGUACAAGAUGAACCUGUAUGGCUUCCACGGUGGCCAGCGCACGGGCCCCAUCUCUGCCUUUGGGGUGACGGCUGCAGAGGAAGAGACCCCAACCUCUACUGAGGUGGAGGAGACCCCCAGCCCCACAGAGCCCAGCACGGAGGCCCCAGAGUCCCCCGAGGAGCCCCUGCUGGGGGAGCUGACAGUGACAGGAUCGUCCCCAGACUCGCUGAGCCUCUCGUGGACCGUCCCCCAGGGCCACUUCGACUCCUUCACUGUCCAGUACAAGGACAGGGACGGGCGGCCCCAGGUGGUGCGUGUCGGGGGUGAGGAGAGUGAGGUCACCGUCGGGGGCCUGGAGCCGGGGCGCAAGUACAAGAUGCACUUGUAUGGCCUGCACAGGGGGCAGCGCUGGGGCCCUGUGUCCACUGUGGGCGUGACUGAUCCUGAAGGGGAGCCCCCUGCCAACACCCUUCUGAAGCCACACUUGGGAGAGCUAGCAGUGACGGAUGCCACCCCCGACUCCCUGCACCUCUCCUGGACUGUCCCCGAGGGCCAGUUUGACCACUUCCUGGUCCAGUACAAGAACGGGGAUGGGCAGCCCAAGGCAGUGAGGGUGCCAGGGAAUGAGGACCAGGUCACCAUCUCAGGCCUGGAGCCAGACCACAAGUACAAGAUGAACCUGUAUGGCUUCCAUGGUGGCCAGCGUGUGGGCCCCGUCUCCACUAUCGGCUUAACUGUCUCUUUAUCUCCUGAUCCAGCCCCAGGAAAGGACCAAGAAAUGCCAGCGCCAACAGACUCACCCACCAUGACUCCCAAGCCUCCCAUCAAGCCACGGCUGGGGCAGCUGGCAGUGACAGACGCCACCCCUGACUCCCUGCACCUCUCCUGGACUGUCCCCGAGGGCCAGUUUGACCACUUCCUGGUCCAGUACAAGAAUGGGGAUGGGCAGCCCAAGGCGGUGAGGGUUCCAGGGAAUGAGGACCAGGUCACCAUCUCAGGCCUGGAGCCAGACCACAAGUACAAGAUGAACCUGUAUGGCUUCCACGGUGGCCAGCGCAUGGGCCCCGUCUCUGCCUUUGGGGUGACGGCUGCAGAGGAAGAGACCCCAACCUCUACUGAGGUGGAGGAGACCCCCAGCCCCACAGAGCCCAGCACGGAGGCCCCAGAGUCCCCCGAGGAGCCCCUGCUGGGGGAGCUGACAGUGACAGGAUCGUCCCCAGACUCGCUGAGCCUCUCGUGGACCGUCCCCCAGGGCCACUUCGACUCCUUCACUGUCCAGUACAAGGACAGGGACGGGCGGCCCCAGGUGGUGCGUGUCGGGGGUGAGGAGAGUGAGGUCACCGUCGGGGGCCUGGAGCCGGGGCGCAAGUACAAGAUGCACCUGUAUGGCCUACACAGGGGGCAGCGCUGGGGCCCCGUGUCCACUGUGGGCCUGACCGCCCCCCAGGAGGUUGUGGAGGAGACACCCAGCCCCACAGAGCCCAGCACGGAGGCCCCAGAGUCCCCCGAGGAGCCCCUGCUGGGGGAGCUGACAGUGACAGGAUCGUCCCCAGACUCGCUGAGCCUCUCAUGGACCGUCCCCCAGGGCCACUUUGACUCCUUCACUGUCCAGUACAAGGACAGGGACGGGCGGCCCCAGGUGGUGCGUGUCGGGGGUGAGGAGAGUGAGGUCACCGUCGGGGGCCUGGAGCCGGGGCGCAAGUACAAGAUGCACCUGUAUGGCCUGCACAGGGGGCAGCGCUGGGGCCCCGUGUCCACUGUGGGCGUGACUGCUCCAGAAUAUGAAGCCAUGACCACCCAAGCCCCAUCCACCAUGGCCCUUGAGCCUCCCACAAAGCCACGGCUGGGGCAGCUGGCAGUGACAGACGCCACCCCCAACUCCCUGCACCUCUCCUGGACUGUCCCCGAGGGCCAGUUUGACCACUUCCUGGUCCAGUACAAGAACGGGGAUGGGCAGCCCAAGGCGGUGAGGGUGCCAGGGAAUGAGGACCAGGUCACCAUCUCAGGCCUGGAGCCAGACCACAAGUACAAGAUGAACCUGUAUGGCUUCCACGGUGGCCAGCGCACGGGCCCCAUCUCUGCCUUUGGGGUGACGGCUGCAGAGGAAGAGACCCCAACCUCUACUGAGGUGGAGGAGACCCCCAGCCCCACAGAGCCCAGCACGGAGGCCCCAGAGUCCCCCGAGGAGCCCCUGCUGGGGGAGCUGACAGUGACAGGAUCGUCCCCAGACUCGCUGAGCCUCUCGUGGACCGUCCCCCAGGGCCACUUCGACUCCUUCACUGUCCAGUACAAGGACAGGGACGGGCGGCCCCAGGUGGUGCGUGUCGGGGGUGAGGAGAGUGAGGUCACCGUCGGGGGCCUGGAGCCGGGGCGCAAGUACAAGAUGCACCUGUAUGGCCUGCACAGGGGGCAGCGCUGGGGCCCCGUGUCCACCGUGGGCGUGACUGCCUCCCAGCCCACAGAGCCCCCUGUGGCACCCCGCCUAGGGGAGCUGGCCGUGGUAGCCGUGACCUCUGACACAGUGCACCUCUCAUGGACCGUGGCCCAGGGCGUCUUCGACUCCUUCCUGGUCCAGUACAAGGAUGUGCAGGGGCGGCCCCAGGCAGUGCCUGUGGGUGGACACCUGCAUGAGAUCACCAUUCCGGGUCUGGCCCCCGGCCGGAAGUACAAGUUCCUACUCUUUGGACUCCAGGAUGAGAAGCGGCAUGGCCCGAUAGCUGCAGAUGCAAAGACCCCCCCAGACACAAAACCUCCCCGCCUGGGGGAGCUGACAGUGACAGACCUGACCCCGGACUCUGUGAGCCUCUCAUGGACAGUCCCUGAGGGUGAAUUUGACUCCUUCGUGGUCCAGUACAAGGACAGGGACGGGCAGCCCCAGGUGGUGCCUGUGGCCUCAGACCAGCGCGAGGUCACCAUCUCGGGCCUGGAGCCAAGUAGGAAAUACAAGUUCCUGCUCUAUGGGCUGGCCGGUAGGAAGCGGCUGGGCCCCAUCUCUGCUGAUGGCACCACAGCUCCCCUGCAGAAGGAGCAGCAGCGCCCGCCCCGCCUGGGGGAGCUGACAGUGACAGAUGAGACCCCAGACUCCCUGCGCCUCUCAUGGACAGUGGCCCAGGGCCUCUUUGAUUCCUUUGUGGUCCAGUACAGGGACACAGCUGGGCAGCCCCGGGCAGUGCCUGUGGCCGAAGACCAGCGGGAAGUCACCAUAGAGGGCCUGGAGCCUGGCAGGAAAUACAAGUUUCUGCUCUAUGGGAUCCACAGAGGACAGCGCCUGGGCCCCAUCUCCGUCCUGGGAGUGACAGCCCCAGAAGAGGACACGCCAGCCCCCUGGCGCCCAGCCACAGAGGCCCCCGAGCACCCUGAAGGGCCUCAGCUAAGGACACUGGCAGUGAGCGACAUAACCCCAGACUCCCUGCACCUCUCGUGGAGUGUGGCUCAGGGCCCCUUUGACUCCUUCGUGGUCCAGUAUCAGGACACGGAUGGGCAGCCCCAGGCCUUGCUCGUGGAUGGCAACCAGAACAAGGUCCUAGUGUCGGGCCUGGAGCCCAGCACCUCCUACAGGUUCUUCCUCUAUGGCCUCCAUGAAGGGAAGCGCCUGGGGCCCAUCUCAGCUGAGGGCACCACAGGGUCUGCUCCUGCCGGCCAGACCCCAGGGGAGCCAGGGCCCCGCCUGUCCCAGCUGUCGGUGACUGAUGUGACCACCAGUUCGCUGCGGCUCAACUGGGAGGCCCCAUCUGGGGCCUUUGACUCCUUCCUGCUCCGCUUUGGGGUCCCAUCACCAAGCACUCUGGAGCCCCACCUGCGUCCCCUGCUGCAGAGGGAGCUGAUGGUACCAGGGACACGGCGCUCAGCGGUGCUACGGGACCUGCGUCCAGGGACCCUAUACACCCUUACGUUGUAUGGGCUGCGUGGGCCCCACAAGGCCGACAGCAUCCAGGGCACGGCCCGCACCCUCAGCCCAGUUCUGGAAAGCCCCCGUGACCUUCAAUUCAGCGAAAUCAGGGAAACUUCGGCCCUGGUCAGCUGGACGCCUCCACCAUCCAGAGUGGACAGUUUCAAAGUUUCCUACCAGCUGGCAGACGGAGGGGAGCCACAGAGCGUGCAGGUGGAUGGCCGAGCCCGGACCCAGAAACUCAAGGGGCUGAUCCCAGGCUCUCACUACGAGGUGACAGUGGUCUCCGUCCGUGGCUUUGAGGAGAGCGAGCCACUCACAGGCUUCCUCACCACAGUUCCUGAUGGCCCCACCCAGCUUCGUGCGCUGAACUUGACGGAGGGAUCCGCUCUGCUGCACUGGCAGCCCCCCCAGACCCCUGUGGACACAUAUGACGUCCGUGUCACAGCCCCAGGGGCCCCCCCACUGCAGGGCUCAACCCCUGGCAGUGCUGUGGACUACCCUCUGGGUGGCCUUGUGCUCCACACCAACUACACGGCGACGGUACGGGGUCUUCGGGGCCCCAACUUCACCUCCCCGGCCAGCAUCACCUUCACCACAGGGUUGGAGGCCCCCCAAGACUUGGAGGCCAAGGAAGUGACCCCCCGCACGGCCCUGCUCACUUGGACUGAGCCCCAAGUCCCGCCGACUAGCUACCUGCUCAGUUUCAACACCCCUGGUGGACAGACCCAGGAGAUCCUGCUCCCAGGAGGGGUCACCUCUCACCAGCUCCUGGGCCUCUUUCCCUCCACCCCGUACAGCGUGUGGCUCCGAGCUAUGUGGGGCGAGAGCCUCACACCGCCUGUGUCCACCUCCUUCACCACCGGUGGACUCCGGAUUCCCUUCCCUCGGGACUGUGGGGAAGAGAUGCAGAACGGAGCCAGCACCUCAAGGACCACCACCAUCUUCCUCAAUGGCAACCGCGAGCGGCCCCUGAAUGUGUUUUGUGACAUGGAGACCGACGGGGGCGGCUGGCUGGUGUUCCAGCGCCGCAUGGACGGACAGACCGACUUCUGGAGGGACUGGGAGGACUAUGCCCAUGGCUUUGGGAACAUCUCUGGGGAGUUCUGGCUGGGCAACGAGGCCCUGCACAGCCUGACAAAAGCCGGCGACUACUCCAUGCGCGUGGACCUGCGGGCUGGGGACGAGGCCGUGUUUGCGCAGUACGACUCUUUCCGAGUAGACUCUGCUCCCGAGUACUACCGCCUCCAUCUGGAGGGCUACCAUGGCACAGCAGGGGACUCCAUGAGCUACCACAGCGGCAGUGUCUUUUCUGCCCGUGAUCGAGACCCCAACAACUUGCUCAUCUCCUGCGCCGUCUCGUACCGCGGCGCCUGGUGGUACAGGAACUGCCACUAUGCCAACCUCAACGGGCUCUAUGGGAGCACAGUGGACCACCAGGGGGUGAGCUGGUACUACUGGAAAGGCUUCGAGUUCUCUGUACCCUUCACGGAAAUGAAGCUGAGACCAAGAAGCUACCGGCCCCCAGCGGCCCGAGAAGGCUGACCACUGCUCACCUCUCCGGCGCCCCAGUAUGACUGCCGAGCACUGAGGGGUCGCGCUGAGAGAAGAGCCAGGGGCCACCUUCACUCUCCAGCCACCGGAGGGAGCCUUCUCCGUCAGCGAUCUCACAGCACCAUGUUUACAGGGGGGGAGGGAAGGGGUUUGUACGGGGAGUAAUAAAAGGAGAAACUGA